AACAACACCAACAAAACAAAUAUAGUCUAUGUCAGUGAGUUAGAAAGACGUGUUUGAGUUUGGUUAUUUCACAGGUUAUAUUGUUGGACUAUUUAUUUAUUUUUUUAAUAAUUUUAUCGUUUCUUGUUUGUAUUUAUAUGAUGAUCACAACAGGGAAGCAAUUAGAACACACAUAAAUGAUACUAAUUAAAUGAAGGGAUUGAAAAACAAUCACUGAGGAUUAUGUUGGUUCAUUUGGAAAUGAUUCUCACCCUAUUAAUUUCAUGUUUGUUGACUAAUGGAGCGGACAGUCAAAACCCAGAAUUUGAUUUCAAUAAUUACGUUGGUAGCAAUAAUUAUUAUGAAGACUUAAAAUGUCCCGAAUAUUGGAUUCCCUUUCAACAACAUUGUUUUAAAUUUGUGAAAUCUCCUUUGAGAUCAUAUAUUGAAGCAAGGAAACUUUGUCAGACUUACUCUGUUGAAAGUGGUGGUUCAGAUUUGGUCUCAUUGAAUAGCCUUGAAAAGCAUGGAUUUCUUAUUCAACAACUAAAUCGUUAUGAUCCACAACAUCGGCGAUGGUAUAUUGGAGCUCAGCAACAAUCUCCAAAUUACUACACUAAUCCUGAUGGUUCUCAGUUGCCCACAAUGGAGGGUGCAAUUUUAGAUGAUAAGCCGACAUCAGCGAUCUCUGAAUAUCUUGUUUAUAAAUUUUCUAAGGACUUAUUGCACUGGGUAUUGCAACCGGUUAAUGGUGAAGAAUACUUGCCAUUCAUAUGUCAGGCAUCUGUCACUGCAGUACAAAGACUCCAUGUUAACAAUCGCACAUACACUUAUGGGACGGACAUAAAAGAUCCUGAAAGAAUACCUAGAGGUCCUUAUUUUGUGAGGCAACCUAUAGAUGCCACAUUUGACACUUCAAAAAGAAAGCUAUAUAACUAUGUUAGCCUUAGUUGUUUAGCUGCAGGUUAUCCGACACCUACUUAUAAAUGGUAUCGAGAACAUUAUGAGAAUGACACCUUGGUAUCUCAUGAAAUUGAACCUCUGCGGGAUUCACGCUAUACUGUCAGUGGGGGCACCCUUAUUAUACAUGAUCCUCAACAAAGGCUGGACAGAGCAACUUAUCAUUGCAGAGCUUCAAAUCGGUUUGGUACAGUAAUCUCAGAAAGUGUGAACCUUAAUUUUGGAUUUAUAUUGGAAUUUGUACUGAAGAGAUCACCAGAAGUUGGAGAAUUAAAUUGGGGAAAAUCAAUUUAUUGUGAUCCCCCAAAUCACUUUCCUUCUGUGAGAUAUUCCUGGUCACGUGAUUUUUUUCCAAACUUUGUAGAAGAAGAUAAACGUGUCUUUGUGUCCAAUGAUGGUGCUUUGUAUUUCUCAGCUUUAGAAACAAUUGACCGUGCAAAUUAUAGUUGCAGUGUCCAGUCAGAAUUUUCUGAUUCUGGAAGAAAUGGUCCUUUCUUUCCUCUAAGGGUUAAUCCUCAUUCGAGCUAUCAACAAUUAAAAUUUGCAAAUAAUUUUCCUAAAGCAUUUCCUGAAGCUCCUAUCGCUGGAAAAGAUGUUAGAUUAGAAUGUAUUGCUUUUGGAUACCCUGUGCCUAGCUACAACUGGACAAGAAAAGAUGGACAAUUGCCACGAAAUGCCUAUCUAACAAGUUAUAGUAGAGUUCUAAUUAUUCCAAAUGUAAACAUUGAAGAUGAAGGAGAAUAUGUCUGCCGAGCUUACAAUGACCGUAUGAGCAUUGAGAAUGGAGUGAUUCUCAAUAUCCAAGCCGAGCCUAAUUUCACCAUUCCACUAACUGACAAGUACAUUGAUAAAAAGAGCGAGUUGAUAUGGACAUGCGAGGCAUUUGGGAUUCCAGACGUAAAUUAUACAUGGUGGAAGGAUGGCCGACAAUUAUUGAUGCGCGAUUUGGACCCAACUCGCUUUAAUAUACGUGACAAUGUUCUAACAAUUAACUACUUAAAUGACGAGACAGAUCCCGGGAUGUACCAGUGUCGCGCUACCAAUACAUUAAAAACGAAAUAUUCCUCAGCACAGCUGAGAGUUCUGGCCUUUUCGCCUUCCUUUAAGAAGAAUCCCCUGGAAUCUGAGACGUAUGCUGCUGAAAAUGGUAACAUAACUAUUAAAUGCAAUCCGGAGGCUGCUCCCAGACCCAGAUUUGUGUGGAGAAAAGAUGGCAUCGAAAUUGGUUCCGGAGGUCACAGGAGAAUAUAUGAAAAUGGAAAUUUAUUUAUUGGGCCUGUGUCUCGGGAUGAUGAUGGGAUUUACACUUGCAUUGCCAGCAAUGAACUUGGAGUAGCGGAAUCUCAGGGUCGUCUGAUUGUACUCAGGGGCCCUCGUAUUGUUGAAAGUCCUUUACAAAGUGUGGUAACCGUAGUAGGGCACAAUGUUGACUUGCAGUGUUAUGCAGUGACUGAUGAGAUACUCGAUAUUGCCUAUAUUUGGACCCACAAUCAUAUGAGGAUUCGGGAUACUGAUAUAAAGAAUUCCAAUGGACGAUUGAGAAUUGACGGAGGUUAUUUAAGAAUUCCGAAUAUAACGUUCGCAGAUUCUGGCGAAUAUGAAUGUGUUAUCCAAUCUGCUGUUGGCGUAAUCGCUUCCAAAAGUCACGUGACGGUCCAAGGACCACCAGGACCACCUGGAGGGUUGCAAGUGGUUAAAAUCCAGAAAAAUGCGUUUACCCUGCAAUGGACAGACAGCGCUUCUCAUGGAUUGCCCAUAUAUGGUUAUUCAGUUUCGGGACGGACCAACUGGAACGCUUCCUGGAUUAGUUUAGCGAAAAACGUGCGUGCAAGGGAAAUAGAUCGUUACACAGGCCGAAAGGAAGCAGAUAUGGAAGCCACUUUGACUCCGUGGGCUUUUUACGAAUUUCGAGUAGCUGCUUGGAACGAUUUAGGUUUGGGUCCGUAUUCGGCACCGAGUCCCAAACAUCAGACGCCUUUGGACAAACCCUAUGCGGCUCCAUCGAAUGUGGGAGGAGGAGGUGGAAAGAUUGGUGAUUUAACUAUCACCUGGACUCCUUUAAAGCCUGACCAACAGAACGCACCUGGAAUACAUUACAAAGUGUUUUGGAAACGACUGGACGAUCAAGUGGAAUUUCAAAGUGUCGUGCUUAAAGAAUAUGGAAACACGAAUACCGCUGUUGUCCAAAUUGAGCCUAAAUUUUAUUAUACCCAGUUUAUCGUCAAGGUUCAAGCAAUCAACGAUGCCGGUGCCGGUCCUAUUAGCGAAGAAGCUAUCGUGUUUUCGGCGGAAGAUAUGCCCCAAGUGGCACCACAGUUGGUAGUGGCUUUCUCUUACAAUUCGACAGCGUUGAAUGUUUCGUGGAACCCGAUCGAACAAACCCGCGAAAAAGUCAGAGGCAAACUCAUAGGACACAGGAUUAAAUAUUGGAAGAAAGACACUAACGAACAGGACAGCGUUUACUAUCUUUCCAGGACUACUCGUUCUUGGGCUUUAAUUGUUGGCCUUCAGCCCGAUACGUAUUAUUUUGUUAAAGUAAUGGCUUAUAAUGCGGCAGGUGAAGGGCCUGAAAGUGAAAGGUAUUUAGAACGUACCUUCAGGAAAGCUCCACAGAAACCUCCUUCGUCUGUACGAGUAUACGGCAUGAAUCCGUCUACCAUAAGAGUAACAUGGCGCUACGUGCAACCAUUACUAGAGGAGGAGCCUUUACAGGGUUAUAAGAUUCGAGUUUGGGAAUUUGAUCAAGAUCUGAGCACAGCCAACGAUACUAUUAUCCCAUUUGGGGGAAACCUCGAAGGUUACGUCAGAAAUCUUUCCCCUGGCAAAACGUACAGGAUGAGAGUGUUGGCCUAUUCAAAUGGAGGUGACGGUCGUAUGAGUUCCCCCGAACUAAUAUUCCAAAUGGGAAAUCCCGAAUAUUUUAGAAGCACAGCUUCGUAUUUGCAUUCUCAUGUAGUUGUACAUUUUUUACUGUCCUUAAUACUCAUGGCAAUACUAUGUUAAAAGUGACUGCUAUACAUUUUGAUGAUAUGGUGUGAUGUGAUAAAUUUUUCGUUUAAUGCACAAUCGCGUGAUUUACUUCUGUACAAACGAUUCCGUCCACUUUAUUAUAAGUUGUCCAGUUUUGAAGCCUUAGAUUUAUCCAUGCCAAUGCCAUAUGUCUGUUGCAGCUAUGGUCUUCGGCAAAUUACCAUAAAUUAAGAACUGGAUUUAUUUUUUUUAACUGUUUAUAAUUAAAUAGUAUGUAUUUUAUAUUGUUGAGAGAUGAUUUGUAACAUUUUUAUACGAGGUAAUAAAUAGGUAUCCAUUAUAA